AUUCUUAGUAAACAAUCAUUCGUGCACUUAAUGCAAAUAAACUAGCGACAAAAUUGCAUGUACUCCGAUUUAUCCCAUUUUCAAAGCCGAAUUUUGCCUGUAAAUUUGGGAUCUGCAGAAUAUGGCGUCCUGUCCUUAUAAAAAUAAGACAGGCUGCCAUUUUUGUUUUCCUUUUGUCUGAAAAUUUUAAUAAAACUGUCUGAGAAUGUGGGAGAGGCGAGAGAGAGGGGCACCAGAGGGAUCCAACGAUCUUUUUCUACAGAAUGCUUGUAUUUGAACAUGUUUAAUCGCGCUUAUUUUUUUUAAAUAGCGUUUUAAUUGGAGACAAUCACAGGGAACCUCGUAGAAAAAAGGCAAAAGUUAGAAUGGCUGAGCCUCGAUUUAAUAACCCUUAUUUCUGGCCCCCACCUCCUGCUAUGCCUGGCCAGCUUGACAACUUGGUUCUCAUCAACAAGAUUAAGGAGCAGCUGAUGGCAGAGAAGAUUCGUCCUCCGCACCUGCCACCCACCUCCCUCCCAUCCCAGCAGCCCUUGCUGGUGUCCCCCUCAGAAGGGAGCCAGCACGGGAUGCUCGGUCCCAAAGUACAGCAGGUACAGGGGCACCAGUCUCACAGCCCGUCCCAGCCAGACAUCGCCCUGCACGCCCGACCGGCCUCCAGCACAGUGUCAGGCCUGGCACUGGCAUCUCGAACCGGCAGCCACAACACCUCAGAGGCCAUCACCCCAACCACGCCCACCUCUAGCAGCCAAAGCAGGCUGGGCGGAGCUCAUUCCCCCAACAUCAUCUCGGGGUUGGCCAGCGGCCUGGGAAUGGAGCCAAUCAAGAGCAGCGGGGGUCUAGCAGGGCUGCUGGGACCGCCUCCUAAAAUGGAGCGUGGCCGCAAGAAGAUCAAAGCGGAGAACCCGUCUGGCCCCCUGCUGGUGGUACCCUACCCCAUCCUGGCCUCGGGGACAGACCAGUCCUGCAUUGGAAUUCCUGUUAAAGAGGGGAAAACAUACAGGUGUAAAGUCUGUCCGCUGACCUUCUUCUCCAAGUCGGACAUGCAGAUUCAUUCCAAGUCCCACACAGAAGCCAAGCCGCACAAAUGCCCCCACUGCUCUAAGUCCUUUGCCAACGCCUCUUAUCUGGCCCAGCACCUGCGCAUACACCUGGGCGUCAAGCCCUACCACUGCUCCUACUGCGAGAAGUCCUUCCGCCAGCUCUCCCACCUUCAGCAGCACACCAGAAUUCACACAGGUGACCGGCCCUACAAGUGUAUUGCGCCAGGGUGUGAAAAGGCCUUUACUCAGCUUUCCAACCUGCAGUCCCACCAAAGGCAGCAUAACAAAGACAAGCCUUACAAGUGUCCCAACUGCUACCGCGCGUACUCGGACUCCGCUUCCCUGCAGAUCCACCUGUCUGCGCACGCCAUCAAAAACGCCAAGGCCUACUGCUGCAGCAUAUGUGGGCGGGCCUACACCUCUGAGACGUACCUGAUGAAGCAUAUGUCCAAACACACGGUGGUGGAGCACCUGGUGAGCCACCACUCGCCCCAGAGAACGGACUCGCCCAGCGUGCCCAUCCGCAUCUCCCUCAUCUGAGUGCGCCGCUGCUGGGCUCGGCUCCGCCCUGGCCCCCUCCCCUGCCACCUCAGGAGGCUCUGCCUGUGAGGUCACCCCUUCUCCUCUUCCAUUUAAGGCUCAAACAACUUGUCACGUGUGUGUCUGGUAUUAUUAUCUUUUUUUUUUUUGUUGUGUGUUUUCCCCUUGUACGGGAUCCAAAAAUGUGCCAGACUGUAUUUGUAUUUUAACAAAAGAAAAAGAAGAAAAACACUUUUAAAAAGUAUUUUCUCUUGGUUUCCCCGGCGUUGCCAUAGGUCUGAUGGGGGACUGUUUGGGACAUCCAAAGACUAUUUUACUGCACUUUCAGGCCUAAAAGUUUUGGCCAAAAAAGGAUUUUAAGUCUGUUUAGACAAAAAAAGGCGUUGCUUCCGGCAGCUACUGUUUAAGUUCUGACCAUAAGUAUUACAAAGCAUUAAAUGACCUCUUCUGCUUUUUUUCUUCCUCCUCCUCACUUUUUAAGUUGUUUUGUGUGGCACUAAGCUGGGUGCCCUGAACUCCGAGUUUGGGCCAGUCCAAAUUCACAUUAGUCAGCUUUCUCCUCUUCAGGAAUCUGUUCUGGUAUUUAUCUGUUGUUCCGCCGACCAAUGGCCAUUAAGGUAAAAAACUUGGUCAUCUGAACUCACUUCCUCACUGCCGCCAUGUCUGCAUUUGUCCCACGCCAUUAGAAUCAGUGUAGGGAUGCUUUUCUUCACCAAUCACAGACAGGAAAGGAGUCAUGCUGCUGUUAAACCACAGCGCAACUGAAGGUCAUCCAGCCAAAGCAAGUAAGGCAGGACCACAGGCCAGUGAGCUGUCCAUCUGUUUCUCCCUGCCUGUCCAUUUUAGUCGUCCUGUCUCUGUUUGUCUGUUGGCUUUGGUCAGUCUCCAUUUAUCUUUACGACUGUCUACCUACCUUUGGCCAGUCCCAUUUCUCACAUACUAAAUUCAGCUGCAGUCUCUCACUAUUCACCAACACUGUAAGCAGACAUUGGGACUGAAAACAUCUAGCACAGUACAACCAAAGCGACUUGCACAGUCCACGUCAUACUUUGGAAAUGCACGUGGCCUCCAAUACAUUAAAUAAAUCAAGUUGGUCAUGAACCAAGAAAGCAACAAUCUGAAGUGGCGCAAUUUGAUUGGGUGUUCACAUUAGUCAGUUUACCUACAGCAUGUAAUGAGAUGAAGCUGUAUGUACGUUAUGUCUAGUUACAAUAACAACUUUAAAUGUUGUUUUGGUAGUUGUUCGGUGUCUAUUUUGCAGCUGUGAAUAACAGUGUCCCUCUGUUACAGUGCACUACAUACAUUACACCCUCCAUCUCCUCUUUAACCACAAUUUCAGACAUUUGAAUAUGUUUGGUAGCAAUUCACACUGGCUAAUCCGGAUGAUUGCAACAGUGUUUUUUACAGAAAUAAUAAUUGUGUGUUGAAAUGCUGGACAAUGCUAAUGUGUAGGCCAGAAGCUCGUAUCUGCUCAGUAAAUGGUUAAUAAUUCAGAACCUCGUGUACUAAAGACCUUUCACUCAUUCACUGAGGCUUCUUACAGGCCUACCAUCCAUUUGCAGGCUGAAAACGGGAAAUCCUAAACUUGAGGCAGAAACAUAGAUUUCCUGGGACAGGAGAAAGAGGAAUGGCAAAUCGUUCAGUCUUAACACAAUCUCUAAUGUCAUGUUUUGAGGCUUUUAUAAUACUUGACAUUUAUGAAAAACAGUAUAUUUUAGUAUACAUUUAUAUAUGUACAUAUAUAUAAUAUAUAAAAAUUGUUGGAAUCUUAAAUUCAGCUUACAGCUGUCCCAGCCCUAAUCUGUAUGGAGCACUUAGUGGCCUUAGAAACCUUAGUGAAUGAGAGGGGAUAGGCUUAAAGGAUGGAGUGUCUGUAACUGGAACACAGACACACGUAAUAUAUUCCUCGCAAAGGCACGACAAAUGCAUUCUAAAACACACGGACAUACAGACAUUUGUGUUUCUCACACAGGUGUAGACAUAAAGACAGAUGCAGUUACAUAGACAGAAACAUACAUACAUACAUACACACACACACACACUUCUUGACUCUAGCCUAUUUCCCAAGGUUCACACCUCUGGAACACUCUAUGCGAAGAACAACAGAUCCUGCCUCUCUGCUUUUUCGCUCUCUCUCUUUCUAUCUAUGUAAAUGUUAUAAUACACCUAAUGCCCUUUUAUAUUUUAAAUUGAAAAUGAGAAAACUCUUGUUUUGGGUGUCCCAUAAAAAUCUGUAUAGAUAUGUUUGUGUAUACAAAAAAAGACCUCCUUGUGUCUUAUAAUCCUUUAUCCUUAUGUUUAAAUGGUAAUGAUCAACUUUUUGUUUUUAUACACAUUUAAGCCUUAACUAUGAUAUCAUUGUAUGUUUGUCACAUCUGAGUUUCUCCCACAUUAGUGUUGUUCUCUGUCUUGUAGCCUUCUGUGUUUUUAUUUCUUAGCAUGAAAUAUACUGUAUAUAAAUUAUAAAGUACUUAACUGUUAACCCAUUUUCUAUAUAAAAUUAUUAUAUAGAUCUAGUUAUUAUUAAAAUACUUUUCCUUUGUCCUGCAUUGUGGUACCAUAUGACGUUUGCUUUGGCUAUGAUAUCCACAGCCAAGACUUAAAGUACAUUGGCAUAUGUGUAAAAAAAAAAAAAAAGUAAAACUUUGUAUCUUUUUGUUGUUUAAUAAAUGCAGACUCUGUAAUAAAUGUAA